AUUGGGUCAACACUAUUGUCAAAUAUAGUUGAAUGGUGUCACCAUGCGGAAAGCAUUAGCUACCAAACUAGUCCUUUUUCUUGCAAAUACUGCUUUAGUGUCGGCUCUGGACUGCUUCAUCUGCCAGAACACUCCGUACCCACGGGACUGUGCCAGGAUUGCAACAUGUGGGCCUCAUGAGUACUGUUCCGUAGACCAAUGGAUCACGCCUAGUGGGAACAUCAUGUUCAAUACAGGAUGUGUCUCCUCAGCAAUUUGUGACAACAUCCCUACUGAACCAAAUGAUGCCAGCAUUGACAUACCUCAUGUUAGAAGCAUGGAUAUCCUGACGUGUCGGGAAUGUUGUAAAGAGUCGUACUGUAAUAAUGCCGGAUGCGGAUCCAAGGCGAUUCCGAGGGACAAGCGUGGACCAUACUGCUUCAACUGCCUGGAAAUGAACAAUCCAGACAGCUGUGAAGUAGCCUCCAUAUGCGCUAAAGAUGAUGUGUGCAUGAUGUACAAACCUCUGGAGUACGAGAACCACCCUGAUCCCGUAUACAGGGCAGUUUGCCAGACUCGUGCUGCCUGUUCAACCCUUGAGAAUACCAUGAUGAACACGUCGUGUCCGGCCUUAUGUUGUGAAGGCGACUACUGCAAUACGCGAUGUGGGGACGUUAAGAAUGUAACCCAGCCAAUCGCUACCCAGUCGCCAACAACCAUCGCUACAACCCAACACUCAUCGCCUUAUAGUGGGGAAUACCAGAACGCUACGCGCGCAAACACAACUCAGUCGGAGACUACAACGCAUCAACCAUUGACACACGGCGCCUCAAUGACAAAGUCGACAAUUCAACCUUCGUUCUGUCCUGAGGACUACAUAUACGAUAAAACAUCGUCGCUGUGCAUCCAACUCAGGGAAGAGGCAAGGAAAUCAUUCGAAGAUGCAAGACAUGUCUGCCAACGCGAUGAAGGAGACCUCGUUGCUGUGGAUACUCAUGAAAAGUUUGUCUUCAUUGAGAACACCAUUAUCCAUACAUCUUUGAUUGCACAGUAUGGCCAGCAUGUACUCAUUGGUAACCACGCCGUAGACUCGUACUGGAUAGGAGGGGCAAGAACAUACUGGCAAAAUGGUACCGAAUUUACCUGGGCAGACGGUAGACCACUCAGUCUUACUUUCCCUGGCUGGGGUAACCAACAACCAAACAACCAGUUGAACUCACAUUGCGUGCUCCUCGCGGGUGAUGAUUAUUACAGAUGGCAUAAUGAUGAAUGCAAUAAGACGUACUUUUAUAUUUGUGAAAUACAGGACCCCCUCCAUCCAAUGCCUACGACCGGCAUUACAUCACCCUCGACGAGUCAUACAACUCCGCAAUUAACAACAACUGUAAUUUCCUCCACUGCAGCCACUACGACAACGUCUACAACUAAGGCAAUAACGACACCACUGCAAUGCGAGAAAGAUGGCUACCAUUCGUACCAGGUCCAUGGCGAAAACGUAUGCGUAAAGAUACAUAUCGAGCGCCUUGGUUGGGGGCAAGCCCGCUCCACGUGCCAACAGGAGGGAGGCGACCUGUUUAUGGCAAAUACGAACGAGAGAAAUCACUUCCUGUCGAACACAUUACACCAUCAGCACAUUCACACCGAUAUAUGGCUUGGAGGACGUACUUUCGACCUUUCCGACUCGAUGACUUGGCUCGACCAAUCAAAAGUAGCGCACGUGCACGUCCACGGUGGGGGGAACCAAUGUCUGUUGUACUCAAAACAUCUCGGCCAGUUUGACUGGGACAGGUGUGGCGAGGUCUAUCCUUUUAUUUGUGAACGUAUAAUUGCGUAGUGAGAUGCAUGUAUGUCCAAGUUGAAAUGGUACAGUACCGGAUAUUGCUUAGCGAAAAACAAAUAUAGAA